CAACAGUUGAGCUCAUCAGAUGUGGUUCCGUGGUUCUGGUUCCGGUCUCGUGAGACCCAGAACACUCUCCGGUCCUCCUCCUCCAAUUAGCGGCUGUGACGUCAUCGGGAGAGGAAUGCCGCGGGUCCCGGAGGACCGUCCCGGACUCCACGGACAGACCGGGACUAAGAGGACCUGCUCCUGGACCGGGUCUGGUACGAGUCCGGGACGAAGAGAACCUGCUCCUGGACCGUGUGUGGUACGAGUCCGGGACUAAGAGGACCUGCUCCUGGACCGUGUGUGGUACGAGUCCGGGACUAAGAGGACCUGCUCCUGGACCGUGUGUGGUACGAGUCCGGGACUAAGAGGACCUGCUCCUGGACCGGGUCUGGUACGAGUCCGGGACCAGGUAGAUGAAGACGUCAUGGACCCGCGGAGCUGUGGACCCAUGUGGACCCUGACCCUGCUGCUGGUCUCCGCGUGCCCGCUGUGCUGCGGAGCCUCCUGGAUGCAGCUGGGCUUGAGCCCUGCUGGACCCCCUGAAGACCAGGACCAGGACCAGGACCAGGCCUGUGCCGGCCUCCCUCUCAGCCCCCCCCAGAGCCUCCUGCUGCGGGAGCGGCCGUCCCUGCUGCCCGCCGUGCGGCUGGGCGCUCGGCUCGCCAUGAAGGAAUGUCGGAGCCAGUUCAGGCACGAGCGCUGGAACUGCUCCAGCAUGCUGGGCCCCGAGGCCUCGAGCGGAACCAAAGAGACGGCGUUCAUCCACGCCAUGAUGGCGGCGGGGCUGGUCCACGCCGUCACGCGCUCCUGCAGCCAUGGCAACGCCACGCGGUGCGGCUGCGGCGCCGGGCCGCGAGGCGCCUGGCGCUGGGGGGGCUGCUCGGACCCCCUCCGGUACGGGAUCCGGUUCAGCCGCCAGUUCAUCGACGACGGCGCCGCCAACGGGUCGAGGAGCGCCAUGAACCGGCACAACAGCGAGACCGGGCGCCAGGCCGUCGUCCGGACGAUGGCGGCGCGCUGCCGCUGCCACGGCGUCUCCGGCUCCUGCGCCGUGAAGACGUGCUGGAAGACGCUGGCGGCGCCGGAGCUCGUGGGCGCGCACCUGAAGGAGCGCUACGAGCGCAGCACGCGGCUGUGGGACCGGUCCGGGAGGAAGACGAGGAGGAAGGACCGGCUCGUCUUCCUCAACAAGUCUCCGAACUACUGCCUGGCGGACGCGCGGCGCGGCGUGGCCGGCACCAGGGGGCGCCGCUGCAGCCGCACGUCCGGCGGCGCCGACGGCUGCGUGCUGCUGUGCUGCGGCCGCGGCUACGACACGCAGCUGGUGCGGCGGCAGCGCCGCUGCCACUGCAAGUUCAGCUGGUGCUGCCACGUCCGCUGCCGGCGCUGCGAGAGCAUGGACGACCUGCACACCUGCAAGUAG